AUGGGUAACUCUGCAGCACCACCCAGAAAAUCAACAGAUAACACAGCUAUAAAUUUAAGAAGGAAGAAGAGAGUUAGAGAUUCAAGGACAGCAUCCAAGCUCCCUGCCGUUAAUCCAUCUAUGAAGUGCAAGCUUAAACUUCUAAAAUUGCAGAAGGUUAAGGCUUUUCUAUCCUUAGAGGAGAACUUACUUGGUCUUGUAGAGGCCAAUCCGCAUGAAAAGGACGGGUCCAGGGUGAUUUUAGAACAGCUACGUGGACAUCCUCUUGCCAUUGGAACACUCGAGGAGUUCAUUGAUGACGACCAUGCAAUUGUGUCGUCUGGUCUUGGACUAGAGUAUUACAGCGCAAUCAUGAGCUUUGUGGACAAGGAUCUUCUUGAACCUGGAUGUACUGUGAUUCUAAACAAUAAAGACCACACAGUAGUUGGUGUGAUGGAGUCAGACAUCGAUCCUCUUGUUUCGGUAAUGAAGCUGGAAAAGGCACCUACUGAGACGUAUGCAGACAUAGGAGGAUUGGAGGACCAAAUACAGGAAAUUAAGGAGAGUGUGGAGCUCCCCCUUACUAACCCGGAGCUAUUCCAAGAGAUGGGAAUUAAGCCACCAAAAGGCGUGAUUCUAUACGGAUUGCCAGGAACUGGAAAGACGCUUCUUGCCAAGGCUGUGGCAAAUUCUACCUCUGCAACAUUUCUCAGAAUUGUUGGCUCAGAACUAAUCCAGAAGUACCUGGGAGAUGGUCCUAAGCUGGUUAGAGAGAUGUUCAAGGUGGCCCAGACACAUGCACCCUCGAUCAUAUUUAUUGACGAAAUCGAUGCUAUAGGCCACAAGAGAUACGAUACGGACUCAAGCGGAGAUAAGGAGAUCCAAAGGACGAUGCUUGAGCUGCUAAACCAGUUAGACGGGUUUGACACCCGAGAUGACAUCAAGGUUGUUAUGGCCACCAACAAGAUUGAAUCACUUGACAGUGCCCUGAUCAGGCCUGGUCGAAUAGACAGGAAAAUAUACUUUGGAAUGCCUGACGUAGCUACUAAGAAGAGGAUAUUCUCAAUACACACAGGAAAGAUGACGCUUGAUAAAACUGUUAACAUUGAUGAACUAAUAUCGUCUAAAGAAGAUCUGAGUGGUGCUGACAUUAAAGCGAUAUGCACUGAGGCAGGUCUCAGUGCAUUAAGAGAAAGAAGGAAGCAUGUCUCUAUGGCAGACUUCUUGAAGGCGCGAGAGAAGGUGUUAUACAGUAAGCAGGAUGCCAUCCCUACAGGAUUCUAUUCAUAA